AUGGCUCCUCACUCUCCGUCCUUCCUCGAUCAUGUAUAUCCUCGAAUGGAGAUGGAAAUACGCGAUCUCGGUAGAAACACCAGCGGCAAUGCAUCCACACCUACUUCCGAGCAACGAAAUACACUGCAGGUUCUUGCCUUGACUUUUUCAGCAAUCAGCGUUGCGUCGUCGGUCAUUGCAUUCUACUGGUUUGUCAAAAUGCGCAGAACCUUUCGUCAUGACCUCAUCAUGCUACUAAUACAGAGUGAUAUGUUCAAAGCGCUUUGGUUUAUGAUAUAUCCAAUUGUGGUAUUUUCCCAAGGGCCGGUCAUGAGUGAUUCGCGCUUCUGCCAGGUCAAUGGGUUCUUCCUUUCGGUUGGAAUCGAAGCGUCAGAUUUUGCCAUCCUCCAAAUCGCCAUCCACACAGCCCUCUACAUAUUCAAACCCAAAGCCAAGGGCGGCGAGGGCGGUCUUUACCCCUACAGAUACAUCGCAUAUUUCUGCUGGCUCUUCUUCCCACUGCUGAUGGCAAGUCUAGCCUUUAUCAACGACCAUGAUUCGUAUGUAGUAGAGGGAACGUACUGUUAUCUUCCCGUUCGCCCUUUUUGGUACAGAUUAGCGCUCAGCUGGAUACCCCGAUACAUUAUUUUCAUCGUCAUCCUUUUCAUAUAUGCAUCGAUAUAUUUCUACGUGCGAUACAAAUUCCAUGGUUUCACAAACUCAAGCGAACGUCCAGACGCGAACAAUCCCGAUUCUGUGGAUUCUGCUGAGGCAGGGAGAAAACCGGUGAAGAGACACACUUUACCUCCAACUCCAACACUCGCCUGUCAUGGUUUGAUACCUGUUUCUAGGCAGGUGUCAAUGAAUGAAGCGCCGACGAGAGAUUUGAAUACCACGAUGGACUCUUACACAUUUUCGGAUACCGGAUUAAGAAGGGGAAGCGCUUCUCAUCGGUUCAUGUGGCAGAGCUUUGUAGCGAAGAGUACACCGGUGGAUGGAUCAGCACCAUCGACAACGCCUGAUAGUGGUACAGAACCUCCUUCCCCACAGGUUGCGCCCGUUCCCGAAUCUAGCGUUGAGAAUACUAUACCUCGAUCUUUACGCGACAACAUGUCUCUAGAUUCGGCAAAUCAAACCCCCUUACGAUCGCACACAUCCUGGAAGGAAUUUUUCGCUCGUCGGUUUUCUCCAGAUGUUAGCGGCCAACCGUCCGUUGUUGGUAUGAUGAGUGCGCUUCGUCGUGGACCGGAUGGUGUCAGUGAUGUUCCUACCCCGAUAUCGCAACUUCAGCUUGUCAAUUCUCGGGGACAAAAUCUGGCAGAUGUCGAAAUGGACCGCACCCGAAACAAAAUUCGACGCCAGCUUCGAUUUUUAUUCAUCUACCCGCUGGUAUACAUGGGGAUGUGGGUGGUACCUUUCAUAUCUCAUGUCCUCCAAUAUAGUGAUCGAUUCGCUACAGACCCGCCUUUUGGUUUAGUAUGUGUCACAACCGUAUUUGUAUGCUCCCAGGCCGCGAUCGAUUGCUGGCUAUUUUCUACCCGGGAGAAGCCCUGGAAACAUAUGCCUGGUCACGACGGUACUUUUUGGGGAAGUUUUGGUUUAGCCUCAGAAUGGAAGCCUUCGGACGGCCGAACAAACUCGCAUGGACCGGGCAAGACGAGACAGGAAAUGAGCCGCGAGGCACGAGAUGCGUAUCACAGGAGAGACGAAGAGUUAGCGGAAAGGAGGGGUGGAGCGACCGUUAUCCAGCGACCAGAAGCAACCGCUCAUCCUUCGAUAUCUCAAAGAGGUGGAAGUCAUUGGUGGGAUCGACCAGGACUUGAUGGAUCUGUAGAUAUGGGCGGAAUGAGUCCGGUCAUCGAAGAGUCGAAUCCGAUUGAAGGUUCACCGUGUCAAGGGUCCGAGACAUCGAGUGAAGAGGUCGCGGGAUCGGUUGAGAAAACCACAUCUGGUUCGUCUGGCACAACUGCUUCUGGUGGACUGUCUCCGAAUUUUAGGACCGUGACGUUUCGAGAGGGUGGAAAUGUAUCAUAA